CUCAUGAUCAGUGAAGAAACAUUAGGAGAAACACCUACAGGGGUGCUGUGUUUGUCACUGAGAGAGCUCACCUGUUCAACGCAUUUCAACAUCAAGUGCCUCGUGUAACUGGUUGCUUUAAUUGUACAGAUAUUUUAGUCGAAACGCAGGAUUUUGAGCGCAGCGUGAUGAAGCUUGAGCGGCCGCAGAGGAACAUAACGGUGAUGAGUGUCAUUCACUGCGCGCUGCUGUUGGGAUUCAUUGAGUCCGGCGCGCUCGCUGCGCGCAGAUUCCGCGGAGGUCGAAACCCGCAGCCGCGACGAGUGCAGCCCUCCGCACAGUACCGGGAUCGAGGCGAAACCACCGAAAGUUUCUCACUGGAUUUCACGGCUGUUGAAGAGAACAUGGACAAUUUCAUGACUCAGGUGAAGAACUUGGCGCAGUCCCUCUACCCGUGCUCGGCCCAAAAGCUCGACUAUGACAUGAAGUUACAUUUCUUGGAGAAUACAUCAGUCACCUGUAACGACGGGACCCCAGCAGGGUACUACCUAAAGGAGUCCAGAGGAAGCAGAAGGUGGUUGAUAUUUCUAGAGGGUGGCUGGUACUGUUUCAACAAAGAGAACUGUGACAGCAGAUAUGAGACUAUGAGAAGACUCAUGAGCUCCUCCAAAUGGCCACAAACCAAGACAGGCACAGGAAUUCUGUCAUCACUUCCAGAGGAAAACCCACACUGGUGGAAUGCCAACAUGGUGUUCAUCCCAUAUUGUUCAAGUGAUGUAUGGAGUGGAGCCACACCAAAAACUGAUCAAAAUGACUACGCAUUCAUGGGCUCACUCAUUAUAAAGGAAGUAGUAAAGGACCUGCUGAGCAAAGGUCUGGAUGCCGCCAAGAUCCUGCUCUUAGCUGGAAGCAGUGCGGGCGGCACUGGGGUGUUGCUGAAUGUGGAUCCAGUGUCUGAGUUUCUGGUGGAAUUGGGACAUCCCAACAUCCAGGUGAGGGGUCUGGCUGACUCCGGCUGGUUCCUGGACAACAAACAGUACCGCUGCACGGACUGUGUAGAUGCCAUCAACUGUGCACCCACUGAGGUCAUCAAGAGAGGGGUCAAAUACUGGGGUGGUGUGGUACCUGAACAAUGCCGUCAGGCUUAUGAAGGAAAAGAAUGGAAUUGCUUUUUUGGAUAUAAAGUUUAUCGUACCAUUAAAUGCCCUGUGUUUAUAGUGCAGUGGCUGUUUGAUGAAGCCCAGCUAACUGUAGACAACAUUCAUCUGACUGGUCAGCCUGUCCAAGAGGGACAGUGGCGGUAUAUUCAGAAUUUGGGUAUUGAGUUGAGGAACACUUUAAAGGAUGUCCCUGCCAUGUUUGCUCCAGCUUGCCUUUCACAUGAAUUCAUAACAAGAAAUUACUGGACUGAUGUUCAGGUUAAAGGCACGUCUUUACCAAGAGCGCUCCACUGCUGGGAUCGCAGUCUACAUGAUAACAGCAGAAAUAACAAAGCCCCGCUCAAAGGCUGUCCCUUACACUUGAUUGACAGCUGUCCAUGGCCACACUGCAAUCCGACAUGCCCAACCAUCCGAGACCAGUCGACAGGGCAGGAAAUGAAUGUCAUUCAGUUCCUCAUGCACAUGGGCUUUGAUGUUCAGAAGAUGGCCCACCAGCAGGGUAUGGACCCUAGUAAACUGCUAGGCAUGCUCAGCAGUGGCAGCUAAAUGCCGUGGAGGGACUUGCUUCCUGUCAGUCCGUUUGAUACCUCCAACCCCCUUUACCGACCUCAGCUUUGACCUCAUGCUGAGCUCUGCCCCUUGACAAGGCUCUGUGCCAACUCCAUGGGCUUCCACCUGCAGAUAUCCUCAGUUUUUAAUUCCCUUGUUGAAAAGAUCUUAAAGGAGUGCCAAGAUAAUUUCAAUCGAAAUUUGGAACCAGUCCUAACGACAAUCCUUUUAGAAUCAAAAUGUCAGAAUGUCAGUAGGAUCUUAUUGAAUUUUUAGUCAAUUUUUGUUUGAAAACACAUUGAUUUUGCUAUGUUUACGACUCUUACUAGAACUACCACAAUAUAAGUUUUCUUCCACCCAAAAUGGAUCAUUUUGAAAACUCUCUCCAUUAGCACGUACUUUGGAAAACAAUGACAUUAGGAAACUGAAAACGAAAGCGUUUUCAAUUGAUUAGUGUGGAUGUGGCCUUUGAGGAUUCUUGUUUGAUCUCAUUGAUUCCACAGUAUGAUUCCAUUGGCAUUCCUUAAAGGUUUUUUGACAAGAGAAAUUUAUAGUGAAGAUGGUAUUGAUUUUGCUCCAAUCCAUUUUAUGUAUUAAGAAGUAUUUAGUGGUUUUCAACUGGUGGAUCUUCCCCAAAAUUGGGUUCCAGGUCUGUUCUGGCAGGGACUCGGACAGCAGUGAAAUAAAAGCGCUAACUGCAAAUAACAGAAUACAACCAACCAUAUAAUCAUGGUUGGGAUGGCAAAUUAAAUAGGUAUAUCAACUUUUAAAAAGUAGGAGAAUAAGGGGCCUGGGUAGCUUAGAGAGUUUUGAAGAUGACUACCACACCUGGAGUCACCAGUUCGAAUCCAGGGUGUGCUGAGUGACUCCAGCCAGGUCUUCUAAUUAACCAAAAUUGGGUAACAUCCUCGUUGUCGCGAUUAGUGGUUCUUGAUCUUAAUGGGGUGCGUGGUAAGUUGUGCAUGGAUAGUGGAGAGUAGCAUGAGCCUCCACAUGCUGUGAGUCUCCACAGUGUCAUGUACAGCGAGCCAUAUUAUAAGAAGCGUGGACUGACUGUCUCAGUAGCGGAGGCAACUGAGACAUGUCCUCCGCCACCCAGAUUGAGGUGGUAACCGCUCCACCAUGAGCACCUAGUAAGCAGUGGAAAUUGGGCAUGCCAAAUUGGGUAGAAAAAGGGGAGAAAAUUAUAAAAGGAAAAAAAAAAGGAGCAAACACCUCCAAUUUCUUUUGUUGUUGACAUCAAAGUCUGUGCAUCCAAUUAAUACUCGGUAUUUGGUCACUUGGUAGAAACUAGCCUAAUUGGCCAGGACAGGAAAAGUGACUUCCUCAAAAAUCAUUAACAAAACAAUGAAAGUAAAAAAAAAUAAAUAAAUAAAUAAAAAUCUGCACUAUUAGCCAAUGUUAAUAUUUAUGCAUAUUGUAGGCUUAUGCAAUUUACAGUUGUAUUAGAAAUUAUUGAAAAAUGUUUAAUUACCUUUGCACCAUUAACUAGUUGUUCUCUGCCAGGGGACCAAGGCCAUGAGGGGCCCACAAGCCCUUGAAGUAAAAAAGGCUGAGAACCAUUUCCAUUAAUAAUUUUGGGCCUUUGUGGGUCACCAAUUGAUGUCCAAUGUAAAUUCUGGGUCCUGAAGAAAAACCCGUUGAGAACCACUGGUUUAGAGAUGUUUGGAGAUGAUGAAUGCAUCAAAAUGAGAAUUGUAAUGGAGCGUUUGUCAGAUCCACUUCAUUUUAAACUAUAGGCUGCUGACUGUUCAAUCCAACCCAACCACACACAACACAGUACUGGUAAAAGUACUCAAGAAACAUGUAACCAGGACAAGGUUUACCUGCAUCUUUGCUCUUAAUUUAUCUUUUGGUUAUAAAAGUAACACGAAUGUAAUCCAGUUUUACGGAUCCUCAACCAUGUUGUUUGCUUUAUUUUAUUUUUUUCGUAGAUUUGUUUUUACCAAUAUAUAUAUAUAUUUAGCCACAAUUAGAGUUUAAUAUGUCCAUUAAGAGAAAGAAAAUACAAAAACAAAGUGAGAAUGGAGAUUAUAGAGUUUAUAAUGUAUAACACAGAUUAUAGAGUUUCAAAAGUACACACAAAACGAUAAGGAUCUAGUCUAAUUGUAAAGAACCUUAUGAACAGGAAAUAGGAACAGGCAGACACACAUGUGUGGCCAUGUAAACACAUAAGCGAUGUUCUGAUGGGUGUGAAGCCUCCGCAUGUGCAUGGAACAGACCGGACAACAAACGUCAUUGGAUGGAGUCAACACAGCAGAAAGAUUUAGAAAUUUCUGGGAGUACAGUGGGAAAAGCACGUACAAUAAAAACGAUACCAUUUACGUUUAGCAUAAGAGGAAACCCCGCUAUUACAGUGCAAUUACUCUGCAUAUUGCGCUAGAAAGUUAUGUAAACAAAUACUUCUACAAUUCUAAACUAUUUGUGGAAAAAAGUGAAGCAACAGAUAAUAAAAUAACAAGCUGUUCUCUGAUGCUGGGUUUGUUAUUUACACAAGUGUCAUGGGGAAACUACAUUAAUGUCGAGAAAGUUUCGAACUGACCGAACUGCAUUAUUACGGGAGUAGAGAGUUCGCCAUGCGAUUAUGCUUUCUAGCAAUAAACCGCUUUCUGGUGUCCAUGUAAACAUAGUCACUGUGUCGCAUAGGUCAUGUGAUAUGAGAAUAAUAAUGUUUACCAUUAAUGACUUCAAAAUUAGUAAUUUUUAAUGAAAACAAGUGUGAAUGAGCUUUGCAAGCUCUGGAACAAAAAUCGUAAUAUAUAAUGCACAAGUCGUUUGGAUUACUUUUAUGAAUCUCCUUUAAGGUGCUGUUUGGUGCCUGGCAUUCUUCAAAAUUUAGCCUUUUGUAUUCUACGAAAGAAAUAAAAUCAUUCAGGAUUGUAAUGACAUGAAGGCAGAGAAGGUAGAGAUAAAGUAGACAGAAUUAGAAUUUUUGGGUGGAGUGUUUCUUUGAAGUACAAAAUAGAUACAUACCCACAAAUCCUGGAUGAAAUGCUAAGCCCAGCAAACAGAUCCACUUUCCAUCGUCACAUUUAGACACACAUUAUCUCGAAUGUGACCCUGCUGCUCAGGUCAUUCUCUGGACACUUUUGGUGUAUCUUUAUUUAACUCAUUCAGAUUGUAUUAAGAUGAACAACAAAAGGGGAUUACACUUAACGUUACAAGUGGUAAAGUAAGCCAAAUGAGUGCAAUAUCCCAUCUUCAACAAGUAAAUGUUAUUAACUGCCAUUGCUCUGACAUGACAGCAAGCCGAUGGCAACUUAAACCUCAGUUGAAAGGAUCACAAUUUUAUCAAUGCAACUUUCUCUCACUCCGUUGGGAGAGGGUAUUGUGCUCUUUAUGCAUUUAUCCAUGUAUAGGUCUUCAUAAAAUCUAGCUCCUUUGGGAGUUCUUUUGUCAAAUGAAGACACUCUAGACUGUUUAAAUAUUUGAUAUAAAAUCACUUUUUAAUAUAAUGUAAUGUAGCAGUCAAUGAACAGUCUCAUGAAAAACAAGAUCCACCAUAAGGCAAACAAACAGACAUGUGAAGGUAUAACUAAUUGCUAUUUUGUUCUGUAACAUAUUUUUUUUUAACAGAAACUCAAUCUACAUUGCUAAGUUGCGUAUUUAUUUUGUUAUGUAAAUCAUAUUUAUAAUGUUAUUUUCACAGAGAAGGGAUUCUUUGUAAAUUGUAAAUAAUUCAGUCAUUUUUUUCUUGUGUUGAAUGCAUGUGUC